UGUGAGAGAGUGUAUGCAGCUUGCGGUGCCCCUGCUGUGGAAUUACAGCAGGAGAACGGUGUAGGGGACCCGAAAGGAAGCAGUUUGGCGAGAGAACGUGUGUGGCAAGUGGAGGGACAGGCUGAAGCGUGAGAAGGCGACUGGCCGUCAGAGCGCCCGGGAGAAAAAGGAAGGGUCAGGAGAGAGGGAGAGGGAGAGUGUCAUUUUUUCGAAUCGCCACCUCAUUACAGGGGUCGUCUUCUCACGGUCUUACGCCAACCGCAGCCAGCCGGAGUGGAGCUUCCCUGUCUUCAGGCCUUCAAACUCGUCUGAAGGACCGCGGUUUGUACCGUGAUUGAGGCGUGAGUCUAAAAGCGGAAGCCGCUGUGAGAAUCUCCGCUGCGGAGGAUUUGAAGUAGAUAAAGGCUUUUGGAAGUCUGAAAGCAGCUUUGCUGUGGAACGCUCCCAGGAUUGGGCCCCGUUUGUUCGCUCGGCCUGGAUACUUGGAUCCUGCCGUUUUUAACCGUCUUAAGUCGCUUUUCUGGGGACUGCAGCCACCUUGCUUUGAUUGAGUGGAUACGAUUGUAGCCAAACACAGAUUUCCUGGCCACCUAGUAGAGAGAGAGGCCAGUCAUACACGACGAGCGAGGCUGAUAGGGGACGCGGUGCUGACCGGCCUGGACGCGUUAAUCUCGGUACAUCUUUUGCGUGAGUGCGUCUGCAAUGAUGGGCGAGGGAGGGGGCCAGAGGCUAACAGGGAGAGGCAGCUAAAUGCUAAACGUUAGCGCUAACCUCUGAGGCCUAGUGCUAGGUGUGUGUGUGUGCGAGUGGGCGAGUGAGUGGGUGGGUGUCGGUGGGUGAGAGGGUGACUGGGUGUGAACAAGGUGCGUGUUUGUCGACGUGUGCCGCCUUGAGAAUUAGCCAAAUUAGCCUUUCGCAAUAUUUCCCGCUCGGCAGAGAUAUCAUCCGCGGAGGAGGCCCAGAGAACAGGAGAAGAGGAGAAGAGAACUUCACGUCGAUCCCCUCACCUCUGCAGAGCGAGUUAGGCCUGAGAGAAAGUGAGAGAGGAGAAAGAGGUAGAAAAUUAGCACCCCUGUCUCUUCUGUGUCCACGGCGAGGGCUGGCAGCGCUGGCCAUUUCACUUAGCUGUGCUCUUUGGGCUCUUUUUAACGACUCCCUCCCCUUCAUACUGGAUUAUUACAACACCACUGCAGUUGAAAAGCAGCCGUUUCUCACCCUCCCCUUCAAAACCGAGCUGGAACAAGCCCCUCGGUCCUGCUGCAGCUGCAACUGUCCACUCCGUCCGACGGGAACUGCACCCACGUUUCUCGAGAGAAGCGAAUUGGCCGGUUAACACAACAACCCAAUGGCAUCCUGACGACGCUCGCUUCAGUCUGGGGUGCUAUAGGCAGCAGACGGCAUCUCCAUGAGGAGCAGUAGAAGAUGCCGGAACUGCCAGCGCUGCUGCUGCUGUCGAUUCACUUCCACAUCCUGCUAGUUACCGUGGUUACCAUGCCGCCCUCUGCCCUCAGCCAGCCCUCUGUCCUGUCGUCCGUACGGAUGGCGGCGAUUCUGGAUGACCGCUCCGCGUGUGGCCGUGGAGAGCGGUUAGCUCUAGCGUUGGCACGUGAGAACAUCAACAGCGUAAUGGAGGGACCAGCUCGUGCGCGAGUGGACGUGGACGUGUUCGAGCUGCAGAAAGACUCUCAGUACGAGACCACAGACACCAUGUGCCAGAUUCUGCCGAAGGGUGUGGUCUCUGUGAUUGGCCCCGCCUCCAGCCCUGCCUCAGGGUCUACUGUCAGUCACAUCUGUGGGGAGAAGGAGAUCCCUCAUGUAAAGAUCGGUCCUGAGGAGACUCCACGGUUACCUUACCUGCGCUUCGCAUCCGUCACUCUGUAUCCUAGCAACGAGGAUCUGAGCCUUGCCGUGGGAGCCAUCCUACGCUCCUUCAGCUAUCCAUCGGCUAGUCUGGUCUGCGCCAAGGCGGAGUGUCUGCUGCGAUUGGAGGAGCUGGUGAGGCGCUUUCUGAUCUCCAGGGAGACGCUGUCAGUGAGGAUGCUGGACGACGACCUCGACCCCACCUCCCUGCUCAAGGAGAUCCGCGAUGAUAAGAUCGCUACCAUCAUCAUCGACGCUAACGCUUCCGUGUCUUACCUGAUUCUAAAGAAGGCGUCAGAGCUGGGGAUGACAUCAGCAUUUUACAAGUACAUUCUCACCACCAUGGACUUCCCCUUGCUGUGGUUGGAUGAUAUAGUAGAUGAGCACUCCAACAUUGUGGGUUUCUCCAUGUUCAACACCACUCACCCGUUCUACCUGGAGUUCAUCAGGAGCCUCAAUCUGUCCUGGCGGGAGGGAUGUGACAUUAACCCGUACCCAGGACCAGCGCUGUCGUCAGCUCUGCUGUUUGAUGCAGUCCAUGUGGUGGCAAGUGCGGUGCAGGAGCUGAACAGGAGUCAGGAGAUCGGUGUGAAACCCCUCAGCUGUACCUCCCCGCAGAUCUGGCAGCACGGCACCAGCCUGAUGAACUACCUGCGCAUGGUGGAAUAUGAUGGUCUAACAGGUCAUGUUGAGUUCAACAGCAAAGGCCAGAGGACCAACUACACCCUGCACAUUUUGGAGAAACACAAAACGGGACACAAGCAGAUUGGUAUCUGGUUCUCUAAUAAUACCCUGGUCAUGAACUCCACCAGUCUGGACAUCAAUGUUUCUGAGACACUUGCCAACAAGACCCUUAUAGUCACCACCAUACUGGAGAACCCGUAUGUGAUGAGGAAGGUGAAUUACCAGGAACUGGAGGGGAACGAGCAGUACGAAGGCUUCUGUGUGGACAUGCUGAGGGAACUGUCUGACAUCCUGAAGUUCACCUACCGAAUCAAACUAGUGGACGACGGCCUUUACGGAGCCCCAGAGCCCAACGGUUCCUGGACAGGCAUGGUGGGGGAACUCAUCAACAGGAAAGCUGAUUUAGCCGUGGCUGCCUUCACCAUCACCUCUGAGAGAGAGAAGGUCAUCGAUUUCUCCAAACCUUUCAUGACGCUGGGCAUCAGUAUCCUCUACAGAGUUCAUAUAAGCCGAAAGCCUGGCUAUUUCUCCUUCCUGGAUCCCUUCUCUCCAGCUGUUUGGCUCUUCAUGUUGUUGGCGUACCUGGCUGUCAGCUGUGUGCUGUUCCUCGCUGCCAGGUUAAGCCCAUACGAGUGGUACAACCCUCAUCCGUGCCUACGGGAGCGCAGGGACAUGCUGGAGAACCAGUACACGCUGGGGAACAGCCUGUGGUUUCCAGUGGGAGGCUUCAUGCAGCAAGGCUCAGAAAUCAUGCCCAAAGCCCUGUCCACUCGCUGUGUCAGUGGAGUCUGGUGGGCGUUCACUCUGAUCAUAAUCUCCUCAUAUACGGCCAAUCUGGCUGCAUUUCUAACCGUGCAGAGAAUGGAGGCCCCUAUAGAGUCACCCGAUGACCUGGCAGACCAAACCAACAUCCAGUAUGGCACCAUUCAUGGGGGGAGCACCAUGACCUUCUUUAUGAACUCCCGCUACCAGACGUACCAGCGCAUGUGGAACUACAUGUACUCCAAGCAGCCCAGUGUGUUCGUGAAGAGCACGGAGGAGGGCAUCGCCCGCGUUCUCAACUCCAAAUACGCCUUCCUGCUGGAGAGCACCAUGAACGAGUACCACCGCAGCCUCAACUGCAACCUCACCCAGAUAGGGGGCCUGCUGGACACCAAGGGCUACGGCAUCGGCAUGCCUCUCGGCUCUCCGUUUAGGGACGAGAUCAGUCUGGCUGUUCUGCAGCUGCAGGAGAGUAACAGGCUAGAGAUUCUGAAGCGGAGGUGGUGGGAAGGCGGCCAGUGCCCUAAAGAGGAAGACCACAGAGCCAAAGGUCUGGGAAUGGAGAAUAUCGGGGGGAUAUUUGUGGUACUGAUCUGUGGUUUGAUCAUCGCCGUGUUUGUGGCCGUGAUGGAGUUCGUGUGGUCCACUCGGCGCACCGCCGAAACAGACGAGGUGUCUGUAUGUCAGGAGAUGCUGACCGAGUUCCGGAACGCUGUGUCCUGUAAGAAGAGUUCCCGUCUGCGUCGGCGGCGGCCCCUGUCCAGCUCAUUGGCCCUGCGCCACCCUGCUCGUGUCGCCCUGGGGGCCCCGCGACCCCUGCGGCUGGUCAGGGAGAUGCGCCUCAGUAACGGUAAACUCUACAGCGGGGCGGGACCUUUAACGGGAGGAGCCUCUGGAGCCGGGGCAGGUCCUUCCGAGCUGGGCCCUGGACCCCAGCGUCUGCUAGAGGACCCUCUGGGGGCCAGCAGCACGCCCACUGUGCCGCUGGGCCCCCCCGCGGUCACUGUGCCCCUCCCACGGGGCUGCACCCAUGUGCGUAUCUGCCAGGAGUGCCGGCGCAUCCAGAGCCUCCGGACAACCUCGUGCCCCCGUGUCCCGCCCUCCUCGGCGCCCCUCCCCCGCCUGGCCCCACCCCCGCCGCACUCUUCCUCCAACACAGACAGCGAGGGGGGCGGCAGCCACAGCCCAAGGAGGAUAGGCCACUCCCCUCCGCCGAGAGGCGGAACCAGUACAGACCUGCUGGGAGAGCAGGAAUGAAAGAGCGUGGGAGGAAGAGAGGGAGGAAAGCACGGACUGGGGGGCCGAGAGGCGGAGUUAAAGCCCUGAUUCAGAGGCUUCAGGACAGGCCGAGGAUUCUAGAUGCCAUUUUUAACCGAUGUCGUCACGUUUUACUGUGGUUUACAGUGGAAGCUUUUCUCAGGGGGCCAAGGAUUUCUUGCCCUGCCCCUUUUCGGGGCAGUGACGGUUCCCACGGCUCAGGAUGACAGAAUGUAGAGGGACGAGUCCGAAUGUUCUCUUAGCUUCACAGCCCUCCUCAUCUUCUGCUGCUUUCAGUCACGUUUUUGCCGUUUUGGACUUCUGGAAACACUUUAAAAGGUAGAAGGAAGAAGCAGACCUGGAAUUUGGGAGGGCGCGGGAAGCCGAAGACGAAUCAGUAGCACAGAGAUGCUGGACAACCCACUGGACUCUGACCUUUAGCCCCCUGGCACAAAGUCUCCCUCUCAACUGGACUUUACGGCUCCUCCCACAUGAGAGCACACCUUCGAUAGAGAGACGUCUAAACUAUGUGAAAUGUACUACAAUCUAAAAAAAAGAAAUGAAGGGACCGUCCUCUUAAAGACAUUCUCGCCUUUUUCUGUACUAUGUUUAUUAUUAUUAUUAUUACCAUUAUUAUUUUUAUUUACUGUGUGUUAUUUGAUUCCCCAGGCCAACUUUGGCCUGGCUAAAAUGAAGAAAAACAGACGUACACUAUUAAUACGGGGCAGAUAUUAAGGCUGAGCGAUUGUAUGUCAGGGCCUGAAUACACUGAAGAGAAAGUGAAUACACUUGAGAAAGUGGUGCACUGCGAAGUGACGUUGUUUAGCGCGCCAGAUCCAGUAGAUUUUAGCACCCAAACGAUACAAAUUUUAUCACCAAUACCGAUUUUAAGCAGCAAACAUUUAUACUAACUGAUAAUAAUUGCAAAUGGUCAAAAAUGAACCUCCAGUAGUUUUAGUUAGCCAGUGCUUGACUGACCGACAUGAUUGUCAGUUGCUGUGAAUUGUCAAAUAUGAUGUCACAUUUCUUCCUUUUCAUUAGGGUUUCUGUCCAUUACAGUUUAAAACAAGCUGUUGGUGCUUUAUUGGUAGGAUUUGUGCUGGUAGGAUCUUAAUAUCGGCCGAUUUUAUCAGGCAGGUGAAACAUCGGUUGACCCUUUCUGUUAGAGGUUCCACUAGCUCGACUGUUCAGGGACCCUAGACCACAAAUCUGUCAGAUUUUGCCAAAUAUGUUGUACCAAUCAAUGUAAGGACAAAACGCAAGGUUAAGAACACUGGUGUGUUUGCUUCCUCCUUUGUUUGUUAGUCUUCCUUUGGACUUGUUUUAUUUCAUUACUGAAAUACCUUUACAUUCGUUUCAUUUAGAUUUUUUAUUAUUCUUUUUAUUAUAAGUGCAGCAGUCAUGAAUUUUAUGGCUGAUUCCGAUUCUGAAUUCUCUAGAGUGUAAUUCGCCCAUGGCUGAAUUUCUGUCUUUUAUUAGCCUUUAUUAUUAUUCAAAGCUCACACAUUUCCCACACUUUGUCUUGACUAAUGUCACAGUGUAAAUAACAUUGGCUCUUGAAACCGGCAUUUUAAACUCUUAAACAGAGCCAAUUUAAAGCUGCACUAUGUAAUAUUUGGGGAUUUGGAGACCUCUCUGGCAGAAAUGUGUAACUGCAUGCAACAUGCGGAAGAAGCUGUAGCAUGGGUUGUGCUUCGGAUCUCUUCCCGAGCAAGUGAAAACGUGGUGAAGGGCGCGUCUCCUGAGGAAGUGAGUGAAUUAUCUGCUAUUGUCAUCACAUCCUCAUCAAUAAGUGUUGAUUUUGAGACUAACUGAGGCCUAAACAUCAAGCCAGACCUUCUUUUUGAGUCUGACGUUAAUAUGUAAAGACGUACGACGUGGUGUGAAAUGCUCCACCCAACUCCUCAGACUUUUAAAUGAUUAUUUCAGGCUGUACAGGGCGACUCAGUAAUGAUACUCCUUUAAGUUUUAACAAAAAAUCUUACAUAGUGCAACUUCAAAUAGCCUGAACUAAAUAAAAUGUGGAUGUGCAAGAGUAUCCAAAUUGCUGGAACAGAGCUGGGUCAGGGAACCAGUUGACAAACCCAGACAAGGAGUAAACAGGAAUGGAUACAGUGAGGAGGAACACUUAACACAAGGACUUCACUAACAAAGGCCGAUGCUGUGCUUACAUUAUGACUGAAUAAGAACAAUGGCAAACCGGAUAUUUCACUGUUUUCAGUGCGGGCAGUAGCGACGGUCAGUUCCACCAAAGUUUCAACACUUCAAAAUGUUAAAAUUUGGUAGCUGAAAAAAUUGAAUGUUGAUAUUUUUGGGAGCCGUGGAGGCUGAACAUCUCAGUGUUGACAUCCAGGUGCUCCCAGGGUUAUACAACAAACAUUAAAAGAGUAGUGUUCAAUUAUUUAUUUAUUUAUUUAUUUAUUUGACCCAAUAAACUCCCAAAUUAAGUCACUGCCAAUUUCAUCCUAGGUCACCCCAAAUUGUUCAAACGGUUACACCUCAAUCCUACCGCACCAUUCACUUCAGCAGACACUCUAGUUGUGUUUCAGCAGCAGUUUAACCAAUAUACAGACUUGGCUGGCUAGUCAACACCUAGUUCGCUAAAAGUGAGAAGUGGACAGUGAACACUGGGGAUUUCAAGACGGGUGGAGCUCAAAUACCUUUUUACUUCCAAAAACUGUCUCAUUUGGAGAGCUGGUGUGGCUGUAAUGAAGGAAUACCACAUCAAGUACCAUUAUGAAGUACUUCUCUGGCCGUUCUCUGGCCCACGGAUUUGUUGAGAGUUUCUAAUACCUCUGGUCUGUAUGGUCACUGUUUUAAUGAUGGCCCAUGACGUUGCUUGGAGGCUUCAGGUGGAGGUCUCAACAUCAUUGAAUGUGUUUUGAUUACUUGGAUGGUGAGAAGCAGAAACUUCAACCAACUUCUUUGGUGUGGAAGGUAUGGGAGAUUUUCCCGUGGGCUCAGAAUGAAGUGUAGUAGACUUUUCCCUUGAACCAGGGGUGGGGAACUCCUGCCUUGGAGGGCUGGAUUGCCGCACACUCGUGAGCAGUUAGUUAUCAGCUUCAGUUGAUAUGCUAGAGCAGGGACAUGGCCGAACUGUGCUGUCCCUCACCUUCCCAGGCCUACUUUAAACUUUCCACAGUAUUACUUUGCAUAUCAUUUUCAUUCAAAACACAAAGGAGAUUUUCUUGAGGAAUCAGUGUCCAUUCACUUCCAUUGAGCUUAGUGUAUCCAGGCCUUGCAUGAGAACAGCUGCUAUAUUAAUGAUGAUCUGAUCCAUUGAUAGAGACCCUGCAUAGAGACCCUCCUGCCUCUAGAGGGCGCCGUUCCAAAUAAAACCCGAAGACACAGCUGGGGUGAUGUUAUAUCCACACACAGACACUAACAAACGUGAUAAAUAUUGACCAUAUUUAGGUUCCCCAUCAUCUUAAUAUCUUUAGUUGGACGCGUAUAAGAAAUAAAGGCAGGACAUGAUAAAUAUCCAACAUUCCUGACGAGGUCAGCGAGGAAUCGACCCGUUUUUUGUUUGUUUUCGUUCUUUUCCUCUUUCAGCUUUCUGUUCUUCCCAGUUUCUAAACUAGUGUGUGAUGGGUUAUCAAAAUGAUGGUCAUGAAUAUUAAUAUGAUUCUAUUGUUGUUAUUAUAAGUAUUCCUACUAAAGCGCAGGAGUCAUUUGGGGGGGGGGGGGUCAUGGGUUAAACAAAGGGGUGAGUGACCACUACCGAGUGACCACCUGCUGUUAAAGCUAUUUCUUUGGAAUAAAGAACACAUCAAUCUGUC